AUGGGGGGCAAAGGGAAGAUCUACGGCUACGACUCGUCCGGCUCAGACUCGAGCUCAGAGGAAGAGCUCGAAUUCCCAGACCCGACCGGAGACACAACAGAGUUCAACCCAUCGCACCGACGGAAGCGGCGCCGUACAGGAAAAGAUGCUAAGGAGAGCGCGGCAUUGGGGGUGUUUGGCUCGGACAGUGAAGAUGAGAGACCUAGCAGUGCUUUUGGAAAACGCGGCGGCGGAGGAGGGCGGCCGUUGAGAGAUAAAGGAAUGGGCUUCGUGAAGCAGGGCGAGACCGUCGAGGACGGCGAUGAAUACGAGGGGGAGGAGGAAGAGGAGACAGGACAGUACCCCGAGGACGUCGUUACCGGCUUCGCGGGCCUACGCGGGGACACAUCAAUGCUCGGGGCCGCCAACAACAACGCCGACUGGGACAUCGCCGACGAAGUGCCAAAGCCGCGGCCGCGCUUCGCAUUCAGCAAGUUCACCAAAGCCGCCUCCGCCUCCGCCUCCGCCUCCGCUGGGGGCGACUCCGGCGCGUCAACCCCGGCAUCCAUCAAUACCGACGACGAGCCCGAGCGGCCCCGUCUGGGUCUUGGGGGCCGCGCGUUCACCAAGCCCGCGUCUGGGGAGGCGUCGGGUGCUACUACGCCCGGGUCUAUGGAUGCGCAUACGGGACUGGGGUUUGCGCCGGCGUCGCCGCAGAGCGAUGCGAUGCCGCUGGGGAAGGGGUUUGUGUCGUCGGCGGCGGCGCAGGCGGCGUAUAUGCCGACGCUGUCGGCCAACCCGCCGCCCGCCGAGGCACCGCAGGUUGUGAGGCCGUCGUUUACACAGGUUGAUAAAGGGAGGGGGAAGAAGGGGAAGGGCGAGAAGGAUGCGGCGCCGGCUGUUAAUCCGAACUCGUUCGCGGCCCGGAUGAUGGCGAAGAUGGGGUAUCAGCCUGGGCAAGGGCUGGGAAAGAGUGGAGAGGGUAUAUUGAACCCUAUUGAGGUGAAACUGCGACCGCAGGGUGCCGGUAUAGGUGCGAUUAGGGAAAUGACGCCUGCGGCCCGGGCUGAGGCAAAGCGUGCGCGUAGACUUCGGGGCGAGGAGGUCUCCGACAGUGAAGAAGAGGCAAGGAAGAAGAAGGAGAGAAAGCAACGAAAGCCCGGAUCCACGGGUAAUACCCCUAGCGGAACACCACUAAGAGUAAAGAAGAACAAGACGAAAUUCUUGACUGCAGAUGAGAUCUCUGCGAGUGCAAAGGGGCUGGAGGUUCCGAGUGCACUAAAGAGCAUUGUGGAUUAUACGGGCAAGGAGGCGAAGCUUUUGACGUCUGCCUCGGGAGUCAUGGACAGGGGUUUGUCUAUGGAGGAUGAGUCUCUAAAGAUUGCCAAAAGGGCUCGUAGAGACUUGGAGAGUUUUGCGAGCGAGUGGAAGGGCCUUGAAGAUAGAAAGGCUUAUAUUCAGAAGGAGGAAAUAAGACUCACUACUGAGCUAGAUGAGCAGGCAGAGGAAAUUCGUAGAUUACAGGGAAUGGUAGAUGUAGUGAAUAGCCUGCAGGCUUUGUCAUUAGGGGGCGAGAGCAACUCCAUUGAAGAUAUAGUAACCAAGCUGGAGGUAUUGCAGUCGGAGUAUAAAAAUGAGAUCGAGGACCAUGAUCUUGCGGAGGUUGCUGUUGCGGCUUUACAUCCAUUGUUCCGAAAAGAACUUGCAGGUUGGGCUCCUCUUACGGAUCCGUUCCUAUUUUUCGAGCACUUCCGCCGUCUCCGUGCCAUCCUCCACAUCCGUAGUAAAGAAGACGCCGAAGCCGAAUAUGCCAGAAACGGCUUCGUAUCAAAUCCGUUCCGCAAUCAACAACGACUGGGACGUCCACAAGCCCUCUCCCGUCCUCACCCUCCUCGACAUCUGGACCUCCCUCCUCCCCCCUUCAUCCACGCCAACAUCCUCACCCAGCUCGUCCUCCCCAAGCUCAAAACCGCCGUCUCCGACUGGAACCCGCGCGGCGGCAAACGGAGGCGCACCAGACAGCCCCCGCACCUCUGGGUCUUCCAGUGGCUCCCCCACCUCGGCCACAACAUGGAAGACCUGCUGCGCGACGUGCGCCGCAAAUUCGGCGUCGUCCUCGACGCCUGGGAUCUUACAAAGGGCACCGUCGACGGCCUCGACGCCUGGAAAGAAGUGUUCGGCCCCGGCGAGCUCGAGAAGCUCCUCAUCCGCCACCUCCUCCCGCGCCUCGCGCUCAAGCUGCGCUCCGAGUUCGAGGUCAACCCCGCGGACCAGCAGCUCGAGCCCCUCGAGCACGUCCUGGGGUGGCUGCCGUUCUUUCGCGUGUCGACCUUUGCGCAGCUGCUGGAGGCCGAGUUCUUCCCGAAGUGGCUCAACAUCCUGCACCAGUGGCUCACGUCAUCGCCGAGCUUUACGGAGGUCCAGGAGUGGUACACGUUCUGGACCGGCGUCUUCCCCGCUGAGCUCCGCGGCUCGCCGGCCGUGAGAGCGGGCUUUAAUAAGGGCCUCGAUAUGAUGAACCGCGCGCUCGACCUGGGCGCCUCCGCGUCGACGCUGCUCCCCGCGCCCGCGGCGGGCCCCGCGAAGCCGCCGCCGAAGGCGUCCACUAAGGCUGGGCAGCAGAAGUUUUCAACGGCGGCGGAGGCGCUGCCGGAGACGACGUUCCGCGAGGCGGUGGAGGACUGGUGCGCGGAGCACAAUCUGCUGCUUGUGCCGCUGCGCAAGGCGCAUGAGGGGACGGGGGUGCCGCUGUUUAGGAUUACGGCGAGCGCGAGUGGGGGCGGGGGUGUGGUGUGCUAUUUUGUGGGCGAUGUGGUGUGGGCCAUGGAGAAGAAGAAUAGGGAGGUGUUUGUGCCCGUGGGGUUGGAGGGCGUGUUGGAGAGGGUGGAGGGGAGGUAG